UUCUCUGUCACGUCUCGUUGUUCGAUAUAGCAUUCGAUUUCCAUUAUUUUCCAUGAGAAAGCGAAAAAAGUAUGUCAAAAUCCAAAGUGAAUCAGCAGGGGCUUCCCUACUCCUUCUCCUGCGCCACUCCCGGCGCCAGUCGGCUGCGGGCGAUCUGGAGCAAGAAACAGGCGACCAGCAACAGCUAUUUCAACAGGUACGCACAUCCGCUCUGCCCCAAUCAUUAUGCCGCCAAUCCACUGGACAAGCCCUAUUAUAACGAGUAUUUGUGGAAGUCAUGCAAGAAGCGCAGGAGCAGUGCGUUGCGCAGCAAGAACCGCGUGGAUGUGGAGGCCGAUUCCAUAGGCGUUGCCGUGGGCAUGGUCUGCUCCGAGUCGCAGAUUGCAGGACCCCGGAGCUUAAAGGGCAGCCAGCACGACGAGAUCAAUUCGUGCAACUUUGCCACGUACCUGAAGGCCUUCGCCCUGGUGUACGUCCUGCCGGAAGUGGAAUGGACGGCGGAUAAGAUUGACAUGCUGCUGCAGGAGGGCGUUGAUCUGUUAGAGGCCAGCUCCGAGGGGAGUGAGGCGACUGCCGAGCGGAAGGAGGACGGCAUGAACCCGCCACUUCUCCGGCCGCAGAUCUACACGGAUGCUGAGAAUCGCAUCAAGCGCAAUUUCAGCCUGGAGGGUCACACCUUUACCCUGGCCCUAGAGUCGCGCUAUCUGGGCGAUCCGAGGCAGCCCAUGGAAACGCAGCUGCCCCACACUAUCGAGAACCUGCGCGACGUGCUGCAAACCUUCUUCCGCACUAGCCACUACUGCCUGCUGCUGACAAAGAUGGGUCACCUGCUCAUCUGGAAGCGGCGCAACGUGUUCUUCGUGCUGGAUGUGCAGGGCAGACGCAAGAACGAUCUGGUCAGCGACAAGGCGACAGGCGUGGCCAUGCUCGUCUGCCUGCACACCAUCGACAAUGUUUACUAUCUGGUUAGCCAGCUCAGCGGCAUCUCGCCAGAGGAUGAGUUCACGAUACGGGAGCUCGUAGUUGUCCGCCUGGUGACGCCCGACGGCACCCUCUAUCUGAGGGACACUGUCCAGCGGGACAUGGAGUUUGAGGUGAUCAACAGCAACUACGCCUAUCUGAAGGGGAAUCUCCACUUGUCCCUCAACACGGCCGAUCCUCUCCGCAGUCGCAGCAGCAUAAUGGUGGCGGUGGGCGCCAUUAUGGCCUCCAAAAUCGACCAUCCGGCCACCUGGAACCACACCAUGUUCGAUCGCCUCAUCUGCUACGGCGUCGAGCUCUGUCGUAGCUGCUGGGGCGACCGUCUAGAGGAGCAGCGGCCCAUCAACUUGGACGAGUUUCCCACACAGCUGCGUCUGGGCCAGUUUGUGGUGGAGCUGGAGCUGCUGCCCAAUGUCCGGGCGGGCAACUGGCGGAGCGUGCUGCGAGUCGUGGGGACAGAAUUUGACCAUCACGUCCGCGAGACCCUGAAGGAGUUCGGCAAUGCCAUCUUUCAGAUCAACAGCCAAAUGUACGCCGUGUGGACCAAAGGCGACUUCUACUACCUGCUCGAUGCGUACCGCCACACGAUUGCCGACACGGCCGUGGAGAAGGACAAGGGAGCCUGGUCCACGGUGCGCAUGUUCCGCGAUCCCCUCACCAUGAUCAGUGUGUUCCACCAGCUGCUGAAGGAGUCCAACCGGCCGUCGCCCUACCACCUUCAUGCGGUGCGCAUCAAGAACUUGGCCGAAUGCCCCAAGGGCUAUGCCCUGGCCCCCCUGCCCGAUGACGACGACACGGAGGUGCAGUCUAUUAACGAGACGAUCCUGUUUAACCAGCUCGCCACCAGCUCCGGUCACGUGCUGGCCGCGUUGAGUGACUACGAGGAGGACCUAUGCAGCCACACCGAGGACAACAGCGACAUCGAGAACUUCGAGCUGCUGGACAACAUCGACGACGAUGAACCAGAUUUCGACUGCGGUGAAGAGUGCGAAGAUGAAGAGAGCGAAGGUGACGAGGAUACGCAGGCCCGUGACGUAGGCCACAAGAAAAAGCCCAAAAAGGAGCAAAAUGAGCUCAAAAUGUCAAAAUCAGUAUCAUUUAUCGCAGUCCCGAAAAGCCAGCAGAAGGGGGGAGACCGGGAGAACUCGCGUUUAGCUUCUGGACAAACUCAGACCUUCUCUGCACCGAAGGCCAAGCCAGACAGUGAUGCGACGGACCAGCGCCUAUCUUCAGGAGAAUGCCCGCACUUCUUGGCACCCAAGGAAAAGCCAUGUAGCUGUCAGACUGACGUGCGGUCUGCACCUCCUGAAAGGACCGAGCACCACUCCGUACAGCCAUUAGAACAGUCCGUCACUGCUUCAGGAAGACCUCAGAGCUCUUCCAAGCUAACCAGCACAAAAAGGGAUAUAAUGAAGCCUUCUGCGGGACCAUCAAAAGAUUUGGCGUCGUCCCUGGAGGAAAUCAGGGCCACCCGUAAAGGCAUAGUGAAGAACUCGGAGUUCGACUCCGAGCUAGAUGGACAGAUGUCGUGUCCCAAUCAACCCCUCAAGGUGGCCCGGUUCCAGGCCAAGACGUUUAAGCAGAAGACUUGCCAGCAAUCCUGCUGGUGCAUCGGCAGGAAAGGGAAGAGCCAGGAACCACCUGAAGCGAACAGAAAGCAAGCGUUUCAGGCGACAAGGUUUCCCGGCUUCUGUCGGGAGGCCCAUAUGCUGGCUGUGGCCGGGUCGGAGAGCGGCACUGUGGAGAGCCUCAGGCGUCUGCUCAUCUCCUCCUUCCAGGCGGCCAAUCGGGUGCUCACCAUGACGCCCUGGGGAAACUAUGUGGUCUUCAGAGUGCACACCAGCUCCGAAUCGGGAUCGAGAUUUUAUGUCUUCGACGGCUGCACCUGCAACAUUGAUCGCUUCCGCCACUUGGAUCUGUCGUGUGGCACGGCCGGACUGCUGCCAUUUGGCAAAUUGUCGCAAGUCGUUUGCCACAUGAUCGACUCGCGGGAGGUCAAGGCUUUGGAUGCGCUGAGCACUCGUCUGGAGGCACCCUGCAGGAGAUUCAAGCAUCUGUUGACCCGCAAUGCCUAGGACUCCUGCCAGCUGAUAAUUAAGUUUAUAAAUUAUUUACAGCGUAAUACAAAUUUCAAGUGUUUUUAGACAUCUGCCAGGUGCCCAACCAACGACAGGCAGUCAGUUUUUCAAGCAAAAAUUCAAAAAGAGACUGCCGGAGAAUCCAAAAAUAAAAUACACGGCAGAGCGGUUGUCGGAAGCAAUUGGUAGCCCAUUAUCUGUCAAAUCUAUUAAGAAACGAUUCUCUUUUACUUUA